GGACCUGACCAUGGAGCAGGGCGGGGAGGCCCACUACUUUGCUGAGGAGACCUUCACCACUGACUAUAAGAUGAUGAUGACCCUGGGCCAAGGACAGUUUUCAGAGGUCAAACUGGCCUUUCAUAUCCCCACCGUAUCCUGUGUGGCGGUAAAAAUUCUUAGAAAUCAGAAGAAGUAUGCCUCGCUUAUCAACAGUGAAAUCAACAUCAUGAAAUCCCUUGCCCAUCCCAACAUCAUUAAAUUGUUUCAUGUGGUCCAGACCAGAGAGACCACCUACCUGGUGAUGGAGCAUGCAUCAGAGGGAGACCUGCUGCAUCACAUACUGGAACUGGGGUCCUUAGAGGAGAGCGAGGUUCAAAGGCUGUUUACCCAGAUAGUGCAUGCCCUAAAGUAUUGCCAUGAUAAAUUUAUCAUCCACAGAGACAUAAAGGCCAAUAACAUCCUCCUCGACCAUAGGGGUAAUGCGAAGCUGUGUGAUUUUGGCCUCUCCACUAAGGUCAUCCCUGGGCAGAGGCUUAGUGGGUUUUGUGGCACUCUGAAUUACUGUGCUCCGGAACUCUUUGGAAAGGAGACAUAUGAUGGCCACACCACUGAUAUUUGGAGUUUAGGUGUGCUCCUCUUCUUCAUGGUGACUGGGUGCCUUCCCUUCAAUGAUUACUCUUCUGUGAGGGUGAUACAGCAGAUCCUCACUGCAGACUUCAGGGUGCCUCUGCAUGUUUCCAUUGAUAUUCGUGAUGUCAUCCUCAAACUACUGAUUAUAAACCCCUACAGGAGGCUCACCACAGGCCAAAUCAUGAGGCACCCCAUGGUCAGGAACAGUGAGGCCCAUUCACCGCCUACCUCCACCCAGUCUCUCCCAGGCACCCUAAGCCCUAGCAUUGUCAAGGCCAUGACAGUCAUGGGGUAUAAAUCCAAAGAAAUCGUUGAGUCUCUGAGAGACCAGAAAUACAACCAGGUGGUGGACACUUACCUAAUUCUACAGCACCAGUCACCCAAGGGAGACUGCUACCAUCACCAAGAGAAACCAGUGAGAGCCAUGCAGCCAGGCCUUGACCUCAACCUGGCAGAUCUUCACACUUUCCCUGUGUCCUUGGGGAGAGCUACCGAGCCUGCUCCCCCCACCUUCACCUUGCCAUCGAAGACCAAGGAGAAAGAUGAGAAGAAGGCCAGGCCACACCAGAGUGAUACUACAGGUGACACAGACAACAUGUCCUCCUGCAGUCCCCAAGAGGAGCUCUGGAUCUCCCAGGAGGCAUCUCAGUAUUUCACUUCCACAGGCUCCUCCCCUUGGGAUACAUUGCAGGAAGAGACUAUGACCCAGGAUGAGGCCAUAACUCAUGAAGCGACCUUGACCCAGGAUGAGGUGAUCACCCAUGAAGCCACCAAGACCCAGGAAAAGACCAUGACCCAUGAAGGGACCAUGACCUAG